AAAUUUAUGACUGAUACUCCAACUAGUUAUUAAAGAAUAAAUGCAGACAUGAUAUAGAAUUUCAAAGGCUAAUAUGUGACACUCGUUGGAAAAUUAUUGUAAAGCAAAGGAGAUUAUGUCGAAUUUUCUGUAGAUGGAAGUAAUAAACUUAAAUUAUGUAGCGAUUGUUAAAGUUACAGAGAUUGAAGAAGUUCCUGAAAGCAAUGAAGAUAUUCUUUUAGAGAUAAGAGGAAAAUUAAAUGAGGAUGGAUUUUUUGAAGCAAAAGAAUUUACAGAAUUAGAUUAAACUUUUGAUUUCUAACUUUAUAAAAAAGUGAUAACCAUGGUUCAAGGACAAUUUAGAGAUUUAUUUUAUGACUGA